AUGCCCAACUUGCAUUCAUUGCCCGAAGGCACUUGGCCCAAAAACGCCAUCCGGAAUAAUGGACCAGACAACCUCGUCUUAGAGCGCGUGAAACUUCGCGAGUUAGCCGAAGGCUGGCCGUGCUACCGCGAUGCAUGCGAAUGGGAAAACUUCGAAUCCAUUUUCCAUCCAGGAGCCUAUGUGUACACCACAUGGUCUGGCAGAGUGACAUACAAAGAAUUCAUGGAAGCGUCAAAAGGCGGCAUGGAUAAAGGUGCCUUCAUCAUGCACCGAUGCCACGGCGCAACGACAGAUAUCACUGCAGACGCAAGUCGCGCCAUUACAAAGAUGAAAGCAACCAUCACGCAGAGAUUCAUGAUCGAUGGUGUCGAAGUCGAUGCGGAGGCUGACUGUCGUUUUUGUUUCUUUUUUGAGAAGAUUGAUGGUCGCUGGGGUGCGCGAUUCGUUCGGCAUUGGUAUGAGAAGGAUAAGCUGUUGCCUGUUAUUCCAAAUCAUUUCCCCGAGAUCGAUCUAGAGAAACUCAAUUCUUAUCCUGCUGGAUAUAAGUGUUUGGCGUAUUGCCAGGAGCUUACUAUGGGGGUUCCUGUGUUGAGGGACAUGCCGGGACAUAGGAGGCAUGUUGGUACUGUUUGUGGGGAGAAGCAUGAUUUGUUGUAUCGGUUUGCUAAAGACUGGUUGGAUGGUAAGGAAAUUGAGGUUUAG